AUGAGAAGCACAGCUGAGAUAGCCAGCAAACCAAUGGCAGACAGGAAUCAAGUGCUGUGCCCACUGGGGAAGAUGCCAAAACAUGUUUCUACUUUCCUUCGUAUUUUGCUGCUCUUACUCAGUUUCUCCUUUUUCUGUCUGGGAGUCAUCUGCAUUUCCAUAAGUUCCUUUCAGGAUCAUAAUGAUGUGCUGUUUUAUUGCCUGUUAUCUUUGGGGUUCUUUCUCCUUGUGCUUGGCAUUUUCUGGAACACUUUGCAUGAGGUUUUGAAAUGCAGCAGCUUCAGCAGCACCUUGAUUCAAAAUCCCAGCCUCAGAGAGCCACGUGUCUGCACCGUAGACAGGCCUGACUUCUAUCCUCCCUCCUAUGAAGAAAGCACAGAUCCUGAAAAACAGACUUUCCCACUGCCAGUUGUCUCCACACUAAAACAGCAGGAAGUCAUCCAUAUCCCUCCAUCCUUUUAUAGUGAAAGCAGCACAGAGUUCAUCAGUGAAACCAAUGAGCAGGAAGAGCCACCAUCGUAUGAAUUAUGUGUGCAACAGCUACAGCAGCAGCAAAUAGCUGACCAAGUCUCAUAUGCUGAAGAGGAGUCAAAUUCUCAUCCAUCCACACAGGAAAAUAGUCACCAAGAGGAUAGACGCUGCCAGGAGAGCCUAGAAAGAGCAGUGCCUGUCAGAACAUAUGAGACAGCCAGUGGGUAA